CCUCAUUUCCGCUUCGCACACAUAUGGCAAGAGGCCAUCCGAACCCAUUCAGUUUCCUGAUUCUUGCCACUGUUUCCUUUGGUGCUUUUGCUCUAGUCCUUCGUAAACGCGAGCAGAUCGCACCCGUUGCAGUGCAAGAGCAUCGGAAUAGCCCGACGCCUUCAUCGACCUCCAAAUAGUAGGCAGCUACAUCAUGCCCGCAAUCCUCGACAAGAUCGCAGACGCUCUGCAUCUUAAACACCCCCAGAGCCCCACCUUCAAUCAGGAACAAAUCACCGUCAUCUUCGUGCUCGGCGGUCCCGGAGCAGGGAAGGGGACCCAGUGCAGUAAACUCGUUCAGGAGUUCGGUUUCUGCCACCUCUCUGCCGGAGAUCUCCUGCGGGCUGAGCAACAUCGCGAAGGCUCGGAGUUCGGACAGUUGAUUCAGACCUGCAUCAAGGAGGGCAGCAUCGUUCCCAUGGAAGUCACCGUCAAACUGUUGCAGAAUGCCAUGCAAGCUGCUCUCGCUGAAGCACGAACGGGCGAAGGAUGGAUCAACGGCAAGGGAAGAUUUCUUAUUGACGGCUUCCCGCGCAAAAUGGACCAAGCCGUCAAGUUCGAAGAAGACGUGUGCCCUGCUACUGCUGUGCUUUUUUUCAGCACUACGGAGGAAGUUAUGUUGGAGCGUUUGCUCGAACGUGGCAAAACCUCUGGCCGGGAAGAUGACAACGCAGAAAGCAUCAAAAAGCGCUUCAGAACUUACACUGAAACCACCAUGCCUGUGAUCAAGCAUUAUGAAGCCUUGGGCAAGGUCGCUGAGAUCGAUAGCAGCCCUGCCGUUGAUGUUGUGUACACGAGGGCUCAGAGUGCAGUCACGAACAUUCUGAGCAAAUAAUACAUAUAUAUAGAUGAUAGAUUCGAUUUUUUCUACUUUCACACGCAUUUCAAUCCAGAAAUUACACAUGCAGCA